GAGGAGUGGAAGCUGAGCUCGGGUCACGUGACCGCGCGCCAUGCAAAUCGGUCCCCAUCUCGGCGCUGAUUGGUCGCCCGGCUCUCAUUUAGCGGCUGUCAAAGCGCAUCACAUGGUCGCUCUGCUACUAACUUUUCUUCCGCUUCUCCCAAAACUAGCGUGCAGGCUUCCCACUCUCACCGCCGGAUGAGAAACCCCAAAAGCUAAACAGAAAAAGGUAAAGUAAGUAGCGCCUUUGUGUCGUUUGGGAUUGUACACCUGUUUCCUUGCUCGGGUGGGAUCCAUUGGUUUUACGCGUCCAGCGUGUCCAGAGGAAGGACAGGUCAGAGACGCCGCUGCUUGGCUCCGAAAGAGUGAAUGUUUCUCGCGUGCUAGGAUCGAAAGAAGCCAGGUGAAUGUAUAGCAUGAUGAUGGAGACGGACUUGCAUUCCCCGGUACCCCAAACGAACACGAGUGCGGGGCACACGGGCCAAAACGCUGCGGGGAAACUCAGCCAGGAGCGCGUCAAGCGCCCUAUGAACGCCUUCAUGGUGUGGUCCCGCGGGCAGCGGCGCAAGAUGGCACAGGAGAACCCCAAAAUGCACAACUCGGAGAUCAGCAAGAGGCUCGGGGCCGAGUGGAAGGUCAUGUCCGAGGCGGAGAAGCGGCCUUUUAUCGACGAGGCGAAGCGCUUGCGCGCAAUGCACAUGAAGGAGCACCCGGAUUACAAGUACCGGCCACGCAGGAAGACCAAGACGCUUCUGAAAAAGGACAAGUACUCCCUGGCCGGCGGGCUGCUCGCAAGUUCUGCCGGUGGUGGUGGGGUGACACUGGGUAUGAGCACGGCGCAGAGGUUAGACAGUCCUGCGGGUCACGGCGGCGGCGCAGGCGCGGCGAGUUACGCGCACGUGAACGGCUGGGCAAACGGCGCGUACACAGCUGCCGCCGCCGCAGCCAUGAUGCAGGAGGCUCAGUUAGCUUACGGGCAGCAUGCAAGCGCCGGGGCCGCACACCAUCACGCACACCACCCGCAUCACCACGGACACCACCACCCGCACCAUCAGCAUACCGCCGGCGCGCAGUCCGUGCACCGCUACGACAUGAGCGCGUUGCAGUACAGCCCCAUGUCGAACUCGCCGAGCUACGUGAGCGCCUCGCCGUCGACCUACGCCGCGAUGCCGUACACGCAGCACCAGGGCUCCGUCUCGGCGGCGGGGGGCGUCGGCGCGCUCGGGUCGCUCGUGAAGCCCGAGCCCAGCGCCAGCCCUCCACUCGGCGCCGCGUCCCGCGCGCCCUGUCCCGGCGACCUGCGCGAGAUGAUCAGCAUGUACUUACCGGGGGCGGAGGCUGGAGACGCGGCUGUGCAGAGCAGACUGCAUGCGCUGCCGCAGCACUACCAGAGCACCGCAGCUGCUAUUAACGGAACCGUCCCGCUGACGCACAUUUAAAAAAAAAAGAGCAGCAAAAUCAUAAAAAAACUGAACCACAUAUAUUCACAAACAAGUAACCAAAUAUUUACCUCUUUCUAGACUAUAAAUACCUGCUUUUUUUGUACAGAAUGUUUUCUUGUAAAUUUAAAGUUGAUUAUUAUUUAAGCUUUGGUUCAUUGCUACUGUCAUAACAACAGAAAUCCAGAUCUCCGAUUUGCCUACGGUACAGAUCAUAGCUUUAUGACAAGCAAAACGGAGAACCGCUUUCUUUACACACUCUAGGAAAUCAUGUGGAAACUGAAAAGUUUAAAAUGUUUUUAAUGAUCGUUAUCUGUGAAAGUUUUCAUUCAUAGGAAUCACCAGUGAAACAAAAUCAGAGUGAAAACGCUUAAUGCAUUUUAAAGGUUAUUUUAUUUGUCCCAAAUCUGCAAUUGUUUGGUUUGUAAACACGUGACUGAGCCUGUGUAUUUAAUCUAUUCUAUUUUGUUCGGGGGGGCAGUUGUAUUUUUCAUUCUUGUAAAUUGUGCACAAAUGAUAGAGGGAAAAAGUGAUAGGUCUGAACAAACUGUAAAUAGUGCGUUGAUUAUUUUUUUUUCCACUUUAUUAUUAUUAUUAUUAUUAUUAUUAUUAUUAUUAUUAUUGCAAAUAGAAAAGCUUUUUUUGCGUUGGGAUGAAACGAAUAAAUUUCUCAGCUGUUGCUCUUA